AUGGAAACUAAAGUAUUGGCAUUCUUCAUUCUCAUCCUCACUCCACACUUGACAAAAUGUGACACAUCACUAACUCUGCAAACCCAAAACAUAAACGUAACUCUCAGAAAAGGCAAUGCCAUUCAACAACAGUUCCUUCAACCCCACAACACGUUACGAGCCAAGCUCGGUCUUCCGCCUCUGAAAUGGAGCAGGAGCCUUGCCGCGUACUCGUACCGAUGGGCCAAAACCCGUCUCACCGACUGCGAGUUGAUACAUUCGCAUGGCGAUUUCGGGGAGAAUCUAUUCUGGGGAAGUGGCAGUGGCUGGAGUCCACGAGAUGCGGCGGUUGCAUGGGCCUCGGAGAGGAAGAACUAUGACUGGAGGAGUAAUCGUUGCAAGCCGAAUCGAGAUUGCUUGCAUUACACGCAAAUGGUUUGGAAGAAUAGCUUGAGGAUUGGUUGUGCCACUGUUGUAUGCAAAACCGGUGACACUUUUGUCAUUUGUGACUAUGAUCCUCCUGGUAAUGUUGUUGGUCAGAAGCCAUUUUGAUUCAUAUACUCAAAUUGUAAUAAUUCCGUACAUUGUGGGGUCCGAUGUGCAACUAUAAAAAUAUGGGUAUCAACUAGUGAAUAACGAGAAAUCACGGGUACCGUUUGUAAUUGUUAAACAAUGUUAAAUUAUAUAUUAGCGAGUUAAUUAACUAAUAUUAGGCAUAAAGCACAUGGCAGACUAGCAGGUCAAACGUCGCUGAAAGCCUUCGGCGCCGGGAUAUCAUGCACUCGACACUGAAAUCCCCGUUUUGCCCCCCCUCCAAGCGCCACGUGGCAUCUGGCGGCAACUACGAAGAUCUAGUCGUCAGCUCCCGUCACGUUGAACGGCGGACGUACGACCUGCCGCGGGAGAUACUGUCCACUCACGUAACGCCACGUGUCGUCUUC